GUUGUGAGGAGAGGAUGAUGGCAGCUUGAUCAGCUGUGAUGACCAGCUGGUUGUGUUGUGGUUGACGUUGAGGAGGCAACACACUCACUCUCCACCAUGGAUUGUCCCUCUCCUGCAUUUAGGUCGCCGUUUUUAAGACCGUGGAUGUCACAGACGGGUGCAGCUGCACCAGCUGGAGGGGGCAAUAUCGGACUGAAAGGCAUCAUAGCAGGUGGUAUUACUGGUGGCAUUGAGAUAUGUAUUACAUUCCCCACUGAGUAUGUUAAAACUCAGCUACAAUUGGACGAAAAGAGUGGAGGGGCAAAGCAAUACAAUGGUAUUAUUGACUGUGUUAAAAAAACUGUGAGAAAUCAUGGUGUCUUGGGUCUUUAUAGAGGCCUUUCCGUCCUUUUGUAUGGCUCUAUACCCAAGUCUGCUUGCAGAUUUGGAGCCUUUGAACAACUAAAAAAAUAUAGUGUGGAUGAAAAGGGAAACUUAUCUCCAGGCAAAAGACUCCUGUGUGGUUUAGGGGCCGGUAUCACAGAAGCAGUUUUUGCAGUGACACCUAUGGAAACGGUAAAAGUCAAAUUCAUUAAUGAUCAACGCUUACCCAACCCACAGUUUAGAGGGUUCUUCCAUGGACUGAAAUGUAUUCUUAGAGAACAGGGCAUCCGUGGCACCUACCAGGGAGUAACAGCAACCAUAAUGAAGCAAGGCAGUAAUCAAGCUAUGCGUUUCUUUGUCAUGGAAACAUGUAAGGACAAGUAUCGUGGUGGUGACCCAACAAAACCUGUCCCUAAACUGAUUGUUGGUUUGUUUGGUGGUUUAGCUGGUGCUGUUUCAGUUUUUGGUAAUACACCAAUUGAUGUAGUCAAAACCAGGAUGCAGGGACUUGAAGCCAGCAAGUACAAGAACACAAUGGACUGUUUCAAAAAAAUUUGGAUAAAUGAAGGACCUCGAGCGUUUUACAAAGGAACUGUACCACGUCUGAGCCGUGUGUGUCUUGAUGUAGCAAUCACCUUCAUGAUUUAUGACAGUUUCAUGGAGCUUUUUAACAAAGUGUGGAAAUAAGAUGCAAUGCAUUCGAAGUAUAAUCUUGAUAGGACAGAGUAGUGAGGCUGCACAAAGUAGCAAUUGUAAAUACCUAAAUCUACUACUAUACAGCAGAGUUAUGAGAGGUACCACUGAAGAUAUGUGAUGCACGUUAACAAUUGUUAAAUAAAUUUGAGGUUUAGAAAUGAUAGCAAAAAAGCGAGUCAGUUACUAACAUACAUGACCAUAGGUCCUUGGAGGCAACUCUAAUAAUUGCUUGGGUAGAAUAUUCAAUUCAGUAUUGGUAUAUUGUAUUUUAAAAGAUGUUACAGUAUUUUCUGAAUUUAUUUUCUUUCAAGGGUUUAGUUAUUUAUUUGGCAAAAAGGUAAAUCUUAUAAUUCAAAGAUAACUUUAAAGGAAUAGGAAAUAAUUUCAUUAUGUUUAGUAUUAUAAAGAAUAUUACAAUUCUCCCUGGCUUUGUGUGAACUUAAUUUGCAGUUUACUUUUAUACAAUCUAUUAUUAUUCAGAACUCACCACCAAGAGCUUUCAUCUGCAACCAAAAUUUUAAUAGGAAUGAAGACAGCAUGCAUUCAGACAACCACUCACUGGAAAGGUCUUGUGUAAUCUGGUCCUUCUUGAUUGAGCUUUUAUUAACUAAUUUUCAAAUUUGUGUACAUUUGGGAAAAUGUGGGUGAGCAAAUUUUUCAGUUACAAGUGAUUGUCACUUGGGUGCCGCUUCAUUGGAGCACAGCAGAACAGUUAAUCUCUUGGAUUCUUUCACCCAGCUGCAAAAUUAUUUUCACAGCUAUAAACAUGAAUGCUAUACUUAGCACUAAUAUCAACAUGUGCCUUUACACUGGAUGUUUUAUCUAGACAAACUAGUGGUCCUCUCAUACUCGUGAUUUUACUUGUGACUAGUCAGUUAUCUGUUCAAUAUUCAGUUCUUUGUAGAUAUUGCUUGGUCUUUGUCAAAUUAUCUAACAAUAUAAGGCACAAUCUUCGUAGUAACUAAUGAAACAUUCAUACAAAAUUUAAUCAUCCUUGCUAAGACAAUUAUAUAAUUUUUUUAUUGUAACAAGUAGAUUACUGCAUAAUUUUUGCACACAGUUAACUUGUUUUCAUGGGUUUUCAGUUUCCAAAGUGGGUGUUUUCUGGGGCAUUACAUUCGAGUUUGCACAGAAAAGUAUCUUGCAUAGUAUACAUCUUACGUAUUGUAUGUGAUUAUGAUUUAAAGCUUAAGAUAUAUAAUACACAAAUCUUAAUUUUUGUAUUAAAAUUUAAUUUCUGUAUGAAUUAAAAAAAGAUUUUCCUUAAUGCUUCACAAUUCCAACACUUGUAUGAUGCAAGAGUGAAAAAUUGAAUAAUACAUCUGGAAUAAAUCCUCUAUUAAUGCAGUGUAUUUUGCAAGCAUGUUCUGUGUGGAUUGGUUUUAUUAUGCCUCCUCUUAGAACUUGUCUGUUGCAAAGCCAGGGAGGCUACUUUUUAUAUUCAGAUUACGUAUUUACAUGUGCAAUACUAUACUUUGAUCUUAAAUGUGGACCAUGGUAUGUGCUCAGGACAUGAAUAACAAAGUAUCUAAAAUAUUGAUUAUUGCAGAAAGCCCUCAUAAAUUACUUUUAUAAAUGCUCUGCUAUUAUUGAGGACAUUUUAUUGCUAGAAAGAAGCCAUCAUAUCGUAGGAGGGACCAUAUUGUUUUGAUGCAUUCCAUUAACUUAGUUAAAAGUUUGCUGAAAUAUGAAUACAGUACACCAUGAAAUUGUGUGUACACUUGCAUAAAUGUGAUUACAGUUCUAUACCUAUUUAUGAUUACCUGUUUGAAGGUACAAAAGUGGUGCUAUGCUUGUGGUGCCCUGUCUUAGGUGUUAAAAGUUUGUCAAAGAUUCUUCACUUAUUUUACUUUGCAAGUAUAGCCUCUUGUUCUGCUUGCUAAUGGUAACAAAUCUUAAAUAUUUUCUUGUAGUCAUCAUUGAUUUUGUUAUUCUCAUUGCUGAUCCAGAGUUGAAAAAAAAUGUAUCAUUACAUUCUGUAGCAGGUCAAGAAAUGCAUGGAUAUUGCUGUAAUAGUAACUGAAUUGCUAGAUCCCACCCAUCCUUCAGAGUGCAAGUGCUGUAAUAUGCACCUCUAGAAAUAGUUUGCCUAACUAGUUUCCCAUAAAUCGCUCACUGAUAUUACUUUUCUAAAAAGUAUGUGAUAUAUUAAAGGCAAUCAAUCACCACAAGCAUAGGUUUACUGUCAUGACAAUUAUGUAGGUAAUUAUAUACGUACUGUAUACACAUACUACAGUGAAGUCUUAAAUGUUUUAUUAUUAUUAUUAUUUCAGUGCAAUACAGCACAUUACCUUUUUAUAGAAGAUAGCUAACUAAAAAUGUUUUUGUACAUUAUCAUAUAAAUAUAGAGCAUAAAACUUUAUUAUAUGAUUUAAAAAUGUUUAUUUUCAUUAUAAGUUUGUAAUGUGACAAGUGAAAUAUUGUAUGCUCAAAAACAUGCGUACACACUCCUGCCAUUUAUUGAAGGUAAGUAUGGUGCUUGUAGCUUCCAGCCACAACUAUGGAUAUCCUAUUGUGCAAUACUAAUGCACAUAUUUGCAAUGAAAUGGGACUUUCACCAUAUUGUGAAAGUUGUAAAUUGUUUAGGGAGCACAGAGGAUUAAGCCAGGGCUGUGUAUUUGUAUGCCUAAGGCUUUGCCAUCUAAACCACAUUGAUGCAUUUGGACAGGUGUGAGCUAGGCAGUUUAUCUAGUGCAUUAUUCACAAAGCCUAUAGGAUACUGGGAGCUCUGUGUAAAGCAACACUUGUGAUUUCUCAUAGGUAGAUCUUUUUAAAACACUGCAGUUUAAUUGGUAUAGGCUUUGGACUUGCAAAGGCAAGAUUAUUGUCUUAAUCCUCAGUUUUCCUUACAUAAUAUCUGCAAUAUUUUGACAUUUUGUUGUAGAUUUUACAAACCAGUUUUAAUCCAUAUAAGGUGUUAUUAGGUAAGACAAAGGUAUUUUGUACAGCAUGGGUUGCAAUGUACUGUUAUUUUGGCAGUAUGUUCACUCACAAGUUGAGUGGCACUGUCUGAUAAACUAAUCCUUUGGGGCAAAAUUUUACAGUAACACCUUGUUUGGGGUUAAAAAAUGAGAGGACAGUAUUAAAAAAGCAGAUUAAAAUAUCUUUGUUGCAGACGAUUCAUUGUAUUUUUACCUUUUACAAUGUUGAUCAUUUAAAACUCCUUAGCUGUUGAUAUAGCUUGUUAAUCACAUUUUGAAUGUUGCCUCACAUGUUACAUACGAAAAAAUUAACUUACUGUUGUAUUGAUAAAAUUAUAUAAUUUUAAAUAAUAUAUUCAAAAGGCAUCUUAAAUAUGCAUGUGCACAAGUAGAUUUUAGCAGACUAUUUGUCUGACAAUUUUGAAAAGUGCCAAGGCAACUUUUGUAUGCAAGACAGUGUCCCUUUUCAUACUGCCAAAGACAUAAAAUAUUGUGAAAUUCCAUACUUUAAUUUCUAGCCUGGUAACUUGCCAGAUUUAAAUUUGAUAGAGAACAUAUGGAGCCUCGUCAAACGUAAGCUUUGUGGCACCGAUGUGUCGUCUUACCCCAAAAUCUCGAGUGCCACUAAACAGGUGUGGAGGGUAUUGGUUUUCGCCGUAAGUUAGCCUUAUCAGUGCCUAGGAGUCUUAAGGAGUGCAUCAAGAGGAAGGGUAAUCCUAUGAAAUACUAGUUUUGGUGAGGACCUCAUAAAUGUUUAAAUAUUUUAUUUUUAAAAUAGCUUAUGGUGAGAGUUCUCUUAUGCAUUGUCUGUUUAUGCACAUGCAUGUUUAUGAUGCCUACUGUAAGUGUCAUAGCAGAUGUUUAGCACAACCUUAAUUUUUCAAUUUUAAAAAGUUAAAAAAAAAAAAAAAAUAGCAUUUUUGUUUGGCUGAUAGCAUUAUAUGUGCCUUGUUUUGCAGUUAUACUUAUAUUGUAUUAUAUCUUUUAUUGUCAAAUUACUGUUUACUAGAUAAUCUUUAUUAUAAAUCUGACUUGUCACUAGUGUUACAAAUUAUUUAAUACAGCAAUAUUUUAUGAAGUGCAGCAAGAAGUAUGCACGAAAUAUGUAGACAUUCAUCAGAACCGGUGUAGCAAAGUGUGUGUAUAAAUACUGGAAGAGUACCAAGUGAAUUUAUUAGGGUGCACGAAAGAAAAUGUUAAAAUUUAUUAAAAAAAAAAAAUUAGUUCAUAAUUUAGAAAUGUACUGGUUUCACGAGAUGUAGGCAGCAGCAGAUAAUUUUUAGUAGAUUUAAUUCAAGGCUGUUCACUUAAGGGGAGAGAGGAAAGGCAUUUGCUGGUACAGUAUUUCUCCUGUGGAGGCUUUAGGCUCACAAGUAGGGGGUCUUGAUGACCACGUCUAUAUAUCCAUGAUGCGUGUCUUUCCAUCUCUUCUUUUCUGGAAUGUGCUGUCUUUUUGAAAGCGCUGUGUUCAUUGAUGGUUAACUGGCCAAGCAAUGUGUCAAAAUAAUGGUAUUCCAUGCAAGGGAGAAUGUUGGGGAAAAUUUCUUGCUUGAUAUAUUGUGAUUGUUAGGGCAGAAAAGAAGUUUCCUGUGCUUGUUACAGAAAGGAAGUUUGGUUUAUAUAGGUUCAUAUUUGAGAAGACAGUAGUGUGGCUUUGUUGCUCACUUGUCUAGUGGUUGGCUAAACAGCAGUGCCUAACCUGAAUAACAAACAAAUAAUUAAUUAAUUGAUGGGAAAUUAGACUGAAUAGAGCCACUGUCAUUAUGAACAUUCUAUAAAAUAGAUUGUAGACUGAAAUGAAGUGACUUACAGUAGCUUAAUUUUAAAAUUGAGACCAAUUUAUUGUUUUGGGAGACUUCACUCAGAUGAUAGUACAUAAAAAAAUACCUUGAAAUUUUUAUAAAUAGGAUAACGAGAAAAUGGUGUAUAGAACAUGAAAGUUUUAGUUAGUACCUAAUCCUAAAACAUUCACCAAGAGUGGUAAAUAAUUUAUUUUCUCUGAACAGUAUCAUGAGAAAAGCAUUGCAGGUUAAUGAGCUUUUGACUUUAGUGUGGUUGUGUUGUCUCAGGAUGUAAUGCACUCUGUGUAAUGUGAUAGAAUGUUAGACUGAAAAUAGUACUGUAUUUUAGAUAUGCACUGUUUAUCAGUAAUGUAUUCUCUUUUUUCUAAUGGAGAUUAUUCACGCCUUCAAAGGAUUUUAAAAAAUAUGUUCAUUAUUUUUUUUUUUUUCAAAAUGCAUGAUUAAGAUUUGUUUUCUGAAGUGUAACACUCUCACAGUUUAGUAUGACAAUAUUCAUCAGGGUUUAAAGUUCCUAUUCAAAUUGAUAGGGUGAAAUGAACCAGGAUUUUCUUUGUUUUAUUUUAUAAGAAUAUCUCAAAACUAUGCACACAUUAUUUUGACUUGUGCAGGAUUCACGUGAAUCUUGUUUCUUUUGUCCCCUUUAAAUUAUUUAUAUACUUAAGACUUAAUUUUUUUCACAUAAAACACUGUGUAAUAUGGGUUUGACAAAAAUAUGUACAGUAUUAAUGUUCCAUUUAUUUUUAAAUACUAUGGUACAGUAUUUUUUUAAAUGAACUAUAUUUCAAUAAUGCAUUUCUACAUAAAAGUCUGAAUUUGAAAAGCCAUAAUAAGCAUUAAGGACAGGUUUCUCUGUCAUAAAUAUGUUAAACUACAAUACUGACUUGAGCAGUAAAAUACAAACAGAAUGCAUAUGUCAUAUUGAUAUCGUGAAUAUUAGAGUAAAUCAAAGAUUUAAAUAAAAUCAUAUAUUUUUUUGGUAAUGACAAAACAUUGUAAAGAAAAACAAAAUGCAGACUAGUGUGAAAAUAAUUUACAGUAGCUAGACAAGUGUCCACUUUUUACAGUGACUGUUGAAGCAUUAUUAUGGCAAGUUCUAAAAGAAAAAGUUGUAUUUUGUAGCAUAGUAGAUUAUAUUUUUAAAACACUUUAAAGUGGAUACAGUGAGCACUGAAAAUAAUUUAUUUCUGUGAUCUAAAGAGAUUUGUAUGUGGCUGAGAAGUGUAAGCAGAUUUUGCACUUAUAAUUAUCUAGACUGAAAAUAUGGUGUGCUUUACACAAAAUAAAACAAAUUUUACUUUUUUUCAUAUUAUAUUAUUACAAUGGCAAAUUGGGAGGAUCUCAAGCGGUGAAUACAGAGCUCAGUACACACCAGUCUGCAUUUGGUAGUCUUUCAUGCAUGCUAGGGAAGGCAAAACACAUUCCAGUCAUUUUUCUUUCUAAAAUCAUAAAUCAAGUCAAAUAUUAAUCCUGUUUCAACAGGCCACAUUGCUUAUGGUCUUACCUCUACAUACUGCUACACAUUUAUGCUCACAAAGUGUGGAGUGAUACAUCAUUCAGUUGUUGUUUACAUUGUUAAAUGCUUGGAUAGAUGUGUUAGGAACACUUAUCAGUGAAAGGCGAGAAACAACUCUGGGCAAAAAUUGAAACAGGAAGAAGAGAUCUAUAUAUUUGAACCUUAGUCAGACUCCUUAAGAGGUUCUGAUGCCAAAAUAUGUAGAUGUAUUUUGGCCUGCCUUUAAUUUUUCAGUCCAGAUGAUUUCUCACCUUUCACAUUGCAAAACCUAAAAUAGUAAAAAAAAUAUUUUAUGAAAUACUAGACUGAUUUAUAGGAAUCCACAUUAGCCAUGUAAUAAGUGGUUCAGAGGUAGCCCCAUUACAAAUUUCAGUAGCACAUUUUCCAUGAAAGUUCGAAUUUGCACAAUGUAUUUACACAACUUUCAGAUGUAUACUCUAUUCCAACAAGCUCUCCCAGUUAUGAAUAAUACUAAGAUGUACGGGACCACAGGGGAAUUCCAAAGUAAUUUGUGCCAAGAUAUUUAGUGUUAUGGGUAAUAUAUACAGUCUUAAAGAAAAUUAAAACCUUUUCAGCAUCAUGGUGAAGUUUAAACAGAUGUAUGCUUGACCUUUUGGUUUAGUGUUUUAUUUGAUAUUAAUAAUAAUGUAAGCAGUUAUAAUGGAUGUAUUUUAAAAUUCUGUACUCAGACCAGUGUGUGUAUACCAGGGGUAUACCUCACUAUACACACAGUUUACUUAAGGUACAGUAUUUAAAUAAUCUUGAUCAGUGGUGUAAAAUGCGAUUACAAAUUUGUAAUACAUGUACUUCGUUUGGUGACGGGGAGCACCAGUUAAUGGUUCUGCCUCUUAGCUUUCAACUAACUACCAUGAUUCACAUAUUGACAUGAAUGACAUCUCGUGCAGCCUGAGUGACCCUCAUGUAAAUGACAGGUUUUAAACCUUAUGAACUAACUAUUCUGUACUGAGGAUGGUGGAAGCAUUCUUUUGUAAUAUAUUCAAUAGCUUCACCACGAUGCUCAUAUAAAAUUAAGAAAGUCCAACAAUAAUUCUACGAUUGAAUAAAGUAUUUCCUCUUAAUUUUGUAUCUGAAACUUGCCUGGGAUUUAAAGACAACCUAUUCUAUCAGAUUAAUAUAUUUACAUGUUCUUCCAGACCAAGUGUUAUCCUUCCAUUGGUAAUUUUGUGGAAUUUUGUACACAAUUUUUAUAAUUUUUUCAACUGCACUUAGAUGUAAUUAGAGUACAUUUAAAAGACGUUAACAUAAAAUAGUGAAAAUGG